CAAAAACCCAACGCCACACGCCAUUCUCUCUCGUGAUACCACUGAAUCAUGUCAGAUCCCGUCGACUCUUAUCGCCUUCCGGCGGGAUAUUCUGGCGCCGGCCCUUCUUUCCAGAAAGAGCCAAUUAGCCAGAUGGACGCUCGACUUCCGCUCCUGAACCUCGCCGCGGUCCGAACGAGAAUGGACUCCCUUCAGAGCUUCCUGUCGCAAUCAGUCAACAGCAAUACACUGUUACCCAAGGAUCAGAUGGAUAUGGUUUCCUAUGAGAUUUCCUCCGCCAUCCAGCAGAUCAUCGUCAACGGCGCCGCCCUCCUCUCUUGCGCACAAAAACAGUCCGAGCUGCCUGGUUUGGCGAUGAGCUCCGCUGCCACUUUGGUGUCGGGAUCGGAUUUGAAGUUAACAAAGAAGGAAAUUAAUAACGAUUAUGACGAUGAAGGCAACCUCGACGAGAACGAGGAGGAUUGCGAGAUAGUGGAGCUAGAUGCGGUGGAGCUGUUGGCGGAGCACAUCCAUUUUUGCGAGAUUUGUGGGAAGGGAUUCAAAAGAGAUGCGAAUCUCAGGAUGCACAUGAGGGCGCACGGGAAUCAGUACAAGACGCCUGAAGCCCUUUCGAAGAAGGGCGGAAACAAAUUGGAGCAAUCCUCUGCGUUGUCCGGCCGGAAAACGCGGUUCUCGUGCCCAUACGAGGGUUGCAAUAGGAACAAGAAGCACAAGAGGUUUAGGCCUCUGAAGUCUGUGAUUUGUGUUAGGAAUCAUUUCAAGAGGAGCCAUUGUCCCAAGAUGUACUCCUGCAAUCGUUGCCACAAGAAGAGCUUCUCGGUGUUGGCGGAUUUGAAGAGUCAUUUGAAGAAUUGUGGUGGGGAGGAGAAGAAAUGGAAGUGUAGCUGUGGGAAUAGCUUCUCGAGGAAGGAUAAGCUUUUCGGGCACAUGGCGUUGUUUGAAGGGCAUAUGCCUGCUGUAGCAGCUGAAGAUGAUGACGAAAAGUUGAAAGGGGUGGCACCAAUGGAGGAGGAUGAGGAAAAGGAACAGGAGUUGGGAGAGGACUCUUUGGAGGAUGGGUUUUUUGAUGGAUUGCUUAAUGGUUUUAACUCAGUUGAGAACUUCUGUUUUCAGGACAUGUUCAGUUCUUAUAAUGGGUUGUGACUUGUGGAUGGAUUAUAUGGAUGAUAAGCAGAGCAGGUAUAUUUCCUGCUUGAUGUUGGUGUAUUUGUUGUUGGCUAUAUCUGUAUUCUUUAGAGUUAAUUUCACUAAUAAUUUCUGUUUUUGUAAUAUAUAAUCAGAUUGGAGUAACGGUUUUAAUUUCCAUUAAUAAAAUUUGCAUUAUGUU